AAUUAUAGCCCCACUAUACAGAUUCUGACACAAAAAUUUUGAUGCCAUGUUGAGAGUCUCCCGCGCUCCUCAUUUUUCAAAGUUCCGUCAGAGAGCUUCACUUACCAACGGAUUAUCCGCAUAUCGUUUUGUCUAUUGACCGUGAAUUCGAACACAACUGACUCGGGUUUUAGUUUAGUCGUCAGUUAAGGCGCGAAAAGUUUAGUUAGUUUUCGUACUUUACAAAUUAGUCAUGGGUAAUUUCAAAGAAGUACUCGGAGUCAACGAGGUCUCGUCAUCCAAAGUGAUAGACGCAGUAUGGAAGGCCCUGUUGGCUGAAUUUUUGGGAAACCUACUCCUGAACUUUUUUGGUUGCGGUUCAGUUGUAGUGAUGUUGUUUGCUCCAGCAUUACACAAACCAGACUUUUUACUGGUUUCACUUACAUUUGGAUUGGUGAUUUUUGUUUGCGUUCAAUCUUUAGGUCACGUAAGCGGAGCCCAUUUAAAUCCAGCAGUAACAGUAGGAAUGUUUGCCGUGGGCAACAUCAAAGUCAUAAAAGGUUUAAUGUACAUCAUUGUCCAAUGUCUUGGCGCGUUGGCUGGCUCCGCUAUCCUGAAAGCCCUGCUGCCAGAAGAAUGGCACGACACUGGUUUAGGCAUGACCACACUAAAUCCGAAACUAACAGCCUUGCAAGGUUUUGGAUUCGAAUUUUUCCUUGGAUUCGUUUUGGUUUUGGUUGUCAGUGGCGUAUGUGACCCGAACAGGCCUGAAGCUAAAGCAGCCGGUCCUCUUGCUAUUGGUCUAGCAGUGGCCUUAGGUCAUAUGGGUGCUAUCAGCUUUACUGGAUCCUCAAUGAAUCCUGCCAGGACUUUUGGAAGUGCUGUUAUUUCUGGAAUUUGGGAUAAUCAUUGGAUCUAUUGGGUAGGACCAAUUGCUGGUGGUAUCGUAGCAGCCCUGAUAUAUCAACAUGCUUUAAGGGCUCCGACUUUGACCACGGUCAAAAUCAUCGAAAGGUAUUCCACUGUAGCAGAUGAAAAAGAAUUAAGAAGAUUGGAUGGCAACAAAGAUGCUGACAACUUUGCUUAGAUCCAUUAGAAUUUCAAAAUAACCAGCUUUUCCAGUGCAAUGUGUUUAGAUAGUACAAGAAAUAAAAGAAAUUUGUUUUUUUCGCUUUUUCAGAAUAGUCGCAGUAUUUUUUUUUUCUCGUUCAUUGAUAUAUUGAGCCAUUCUGCUAGCUUCCAAAACAAAUUGAUUUUAUCUAGUUUGUGUAAGUGUCUUUUUUUAUAAGUGUAAUUGUGUUCAAUUUUGCUUAAUAUUUUUUUAAGUUUAGUUGUUUGUAUUACAUAUCGAAAGCUUUAUUAUAAUUUGCCAAUUUGAUUCUCACUAAAAUUAAAUUAUUGUAAGGCUAAUAAAUAUUAAGUUUAAGAUGUAAGAGUUUUAAUAUUUUACGAAUAAAUUGUUUGAAUUUUG